AGCGCGUUUGCAGGGUUUUAAAUGUAACCUUUUAAAUCUGUUGGAACCAAGGCAUUUGUGGGCGGCGAGAGGAUACGUUUCACACCGUCCCGGCUGCGCCCGCCGCUUUGCUGGUCUUUUGUGCGCUGUGCGCGCAGCUCCGGGAAAUCAGUGGGUGAAGCCCAUCGUUGCUCUUUUUCCUUCCAGUCAACACCCCUCCCUCCCCCCCAGCUGCAGUUUGCACAAAAGAGAUUUACAGCUUUGAAGAGACUACUUUUUUCCCCUCGUUUUUUUCCGCUGCACUAAUAAAUCCCAUUAUGGAGACCCAGAAACUUUAUAAAGGGAUAUAGCUUGAACUCUGUGGAGUGUAAUUUUGUGUAUGAAUUAUAUUUUUUAAAUGUGAAGGGUUUUCAGAAAGAAUACUCAAGUUAAUUACUGGUACAUUAUGUAAUACAAUAUUUUAUUAGGUAUUUAUGAUACUACAAAGGACAAGCUGUUACCUUGAUAAAUUUAUCUGUAAUUACGAAAUGAAUGAUAUAGGUGCAUGAUCCUUAAAUGAAAGACAGGUUAAUUUUUAAAUGCAGAGUAGAAAGUUUCUCCUGUGGAAAUUUUAUGGUUAAAUUAGUUAAGUUAAUAGAGAAAAUACCUUCAAUUGGUCAAGCAUAAUAAUAAAGUGGUAUGCAAAGUUAGGAAGAAAAACAACAUAAUGAUGCUGCAGGAAAUGUAAACAUAUAGACAAUAAUUAACAAAGGAGGAAAAAUUAGCAGUUUGUGAGCUUUAAGCAAAAUUCAUUUCAUUUGACAUCAUAAACAGUAUAACAGGAAUAAAUUCAACAAAGCUUGUGGGUAUUGAUGUCCCCAAAAGCUAUCUGAAACUAAUAUAAUCCACUUAAGUAAAUACUACGAUAGUAAGUUGUGUGAAUUAGCCUUUAGAUAAUGUGGCCAUAUGAAGACUUUAAUUCUUGUUUACUAGACUAAAACAAGAUUUUGUAUUUUUUAUUUUUGGAAAUUAUAUUAAAGUGCUUGUAGAGAAAGAAGCCUGCAUAAAGUUUUUUUUCCUUUUAUAGCAUCAUCAGUAAUUGGCUUGAUAUCCAGGCUUUGUAGUUUACAACCAAAAGCAAAUUUAGGUAUUCUGUAGUUGUUUAGAACUUUGGAAAUAUAAACCUCCUUUAAAAGUCAAUUAGUUUUAAAUAUUUUCAGAAGCGUAUUGACUGCUUUCAGGUCAUAAUAUUAGUAUUACACUAAGUAAUGACUUAACAGCACCUGAGUUACCUAAAAGAGUUAAUUUAAUCCCAAAGAGUACUACAGAGUAUCUUGGUAAUUUAGAGGGGAUAGUCAUCCUACCCGAGUGUAAACGUAGGUGUAAAUCCACUAAACUAGGUGUAGUAAAUUUUGCCCAUCAAAAAGUAAAAUCACUCAUGCACAAAACUACCUCCCAACGACUUGUCCCAGGUCCCUCAUAUCAAAAAAAGACUAUAAUGGAAGAUAGUACUAUCUUGUCAAAUUGGACAAUUGACAACAAACACAAAAUGAAAUACGACUUUUCCUGUGAACUCUACAGAAUGUCUACGUACUCGACUUUCCCCACUGGUGUUCCUGUCUCAGAAAGGAGUCUUGCUCGCGCUGGUUUUUAUUACACGGGUGUGAAUGACAAGGUCAAAUGCUUCUGCUGUGGCCUGAUGCUGGAUAACUGGAAACAAGGAGACAAUCCUAUUGAAAAACACAAACAGCUCUAUCCUAGCUGUAGCUUUAUUCAGAAUCUGGUUUCUGUUACUGGUUUGGAGUCCACCUUUAAGAUGACUUCUCCAGUAAGAAACAGUUUUACACAUUCGUUGUCUCCUACUUUGGAACAACGGGGAUCGUUCAGUGGGUCUUACCCCAACCUUUCAUCAAACCCUAUUCAUUCUAGAGCCGUGGAAGACCUCUCCUCAUUGAGGACUAACCCCUACAGUUACGCAAUGAGCACUGAACAAGCCAGAUUGCUUACUUACCACCUGUGGCCAUUAACUUUUUUGUCACCAUCAGAAUUGGCAAGAGCUGGUUUUUAUUACAUAGGACCUGGAGAUAGGGUAGCUUGCUUUGCUUGUGGUGGGAAACUAAGUAACUGGGAACCAAAGGAUGAUGCUAUGUCAGAACACCGAAGACAUUUCCCCAACUGCCCAUUUUUGGAGAAUUCUCUAGACACCCUGAGGUUUAGCAUUUCAAAUUUGAGCAUGCAGACACAUGCAGCCCGGUUGAGAACAUUUAUGUGCUGGCCUUCUAAUGUUCCAGUUCAACCUGAGCAGCUUGCAAGUGCUGGUUUCUAUUAUGUGGGUCGAAACGAUGAUGUCAAAUGCUUUUGCUGUGAUGGUGGCUUAAGGUGUUGGGAAUCUGGAGAUGACCCCUGGGUAGAACAUGCCAAGUGGUUUCCAAGGUGUGAGUUCUUGAUACGCAUGAAAGGACAGGGGUUUGUUGAUGAGAUUCAAGCCAGAUAUCCCCAUCUUCUUGAACAGCUGUUGUCAACUUCAGACACUCCUGGAGAUGAAAAUGCUGAUCCACCGAUUGUUCAUUUUGGACCUGGAGAAAGUUCAGAAGAUGCAGUCAUGAUGGAUACGCCAGUGGUGAAAGCUGCCUUGGAAAUGGGCUUCAGUAGAAGCUUGGUAAAACAGACAGUUCAGAGUAAAAUCCUAACAACUGGAGAGAAUUACAAAACAGUUAAUGAUAUUGUGUCAGCACUUCUUCAUGCUGAAGAUGAAAACAGACAAGAAGAAAAAGAAAGACAAACUGAAGAAAUGGCAUCAGAUGAUUUGUCAUUAAUUCGGAAGAAUAGAAUGGCUCUCUUUCAACAGUUGACUUGUGUGCUUCCGAUUCUGGAUAAUCUUCUAAAGGCCAAUAUAAUUAAUAAACAAGAACAUGAUAUAAUUAAACAAAAAACACAGAUACCUUUACAAGCAAGAGAACUGAUUGAUACUGUUUUAGUUAAAGGAAAUGCUGCAGCCAACAUCUUCAAAAACUGUCUAAAAGAAAUUGACUCUACAUUAUAUAAGAACUUAUUUGUGGAAAAGAAUAUGAAGUAUAUUCCAACCGAAGAUGUUUCAGGUCUGUCUAUGGAAGAACAGUUGAGGAGGUUGCAAGAAGAAAGAACUUGUAAAGUGUGCAUGGACAAAGAAGUUUCUAUUGUAUUCAUUCCUUGUGGUCAUCUAGUAGUAUGCCAGGAAUGCGCCCCUUCCCUAAGAAAAUGCCCUAUUUGCAGGGGUAUAAUUAAGGGAACUGUUCGCACAUUUCUCUCAUAAAAGAAAUAUGGGCUAUAUGUUAGCCUGUAUGUGAAAGUCUUCAAAUAAUUGUUGAACAUUUGAAGCCAUCUGAAGUAGAAAAGGAGUUACUGGUUCUUUCAUUAGUAACAUUUGUGUUCUAUCCAAAUGUUCUAUACCAGAAAUGUGGUUUCCAAAAAAAUUAAAGUAUUGUAUAUCAUAUUUAAUCUUAAUCUCUCUUAUACAAAGGGAAGAUUUAUGUUUGGUGGACUUUAUUAGUGUACAUGUGUGCAUAUAGGAGAAAUUAAGGAGUAAGUAGUCUCAUUGCUAUUAUGUAUCAUUUCAGGAGUGACUGAAUUUGGUAUUUCUGAAAGCUUUGAGCACUACAUGAAAGUGUAGUUUAAAAGAACUGGAAACCAGGAACUCUGGAGUUUAUCCAAGUCAUGAUGCCAAAUUCUCUUUGGUGUUUUUCAUUUGUGUUAUUAAAUAUCUUUCUUUUACUGGCAAAUAAGCUUUUUCCUAAUAUGUGAAAAACAUCCUAAUAAAGUUCUUUGAAAAGAUUA